AUACAGACGCGUCACGAUAAACCGGUGUCAGCCGACACUACAGAUGUCGGCGAUGGUCGCUUCAGAACCACAGUAGACCUCAGUUACUUUCAGGACAGAUUAAGCUUGACAAUGAGACUUUAUACUGUGAUUCUGAUAUUUUUCCUUUGCCAUGGCAUCAACCACUCGCUUUGCCAAAUCGACAAAAGACUGCAUGACGACGAAUCCUCUGGCAAGGAGAUCAAGACGGGGCUGGUCAGUCUUCUGGACACACUGUCCAUCUACAGGACAGCCUUCUCGUUCCGGCAAUCGGAAAAUGCACUGGAGACCUGCUGCCAAGAUGUGACAACCCCUGGACUUGAUCUGCUUUUCGUAUUAGGGCGGUACUUUCACGGGCUGAUAAAGUGGCUGACAGUGACUAUUAUUGACAGGUUUCAUGACGGAUACGAUGCAAUACCUGCUCACAGUUUUCGGAGUCAGCCAAUAGACGGUGACCCUCUAACACACCAUGGAACAUAUCUAUCUCCCCCUCCGAUUCCUUCAUCGGAGAAACCUGUUUCUGAAAAGACGAUAAAAGAGUUUUCAAAAUUCGCAAAGUUAGAAGCGACGCCAAGGCGCGUCAUCUGUAAAUGUGGAAAACCGCGAGGAUGCGAGCAGAAGCCGCCCAAGCCAUUUGAUGAUUCCAAACCCAUCAUCAAAGCUCUGGCCAAGACGCUGCCCAAAGAACUUCCUAGCCCCUUGCUCUGGGUCAUACUGGGAAUCCUCGCGGGUUUCAUCGUGACUGUCAUCUGUCAAAUCACACAGCGCGCAGUGAACCAUGUGGUUCAAAAAGAAACAGCUAAAGAUACAGCCCGCUACAUUUUACUCGCCUUGAAAGAGCUCGACUUAUAUACUGCACCAACGUCUCGUCAACGCCAACGACAAAGAAACCUUCAACAACGAGCACGAAGGGCUCUGGCAUCCCGACACUUAAGGCCCCGCUCAAGUCACACCAUGAUGGACUGCAACAAUCUUUUGGAGACCAGAAACCCGGAGAAUAUCUGUGUACAAUCCCGCCUCGACGAGUCAACGGUGCAUGCAGAAGGCGAGAUCAAAGAUACGUCAGAUCUGUCACUGGGCAACACCGAGGAGGACAAGAAAAUGGAAGCCGAAGAAACGGCCAGCCCACGAAAUUCCGAACACUCCAGUCGGUAUCGUCAGGGUUCACCUGACUUCUGUGACCCUCGGAUGAGAAGAGAAGAUGCAGCCAAGAAGGAUGAUGGGAUGGAAGGGCGUCUGGAUUCCUCUCCUAGCUUGUGGUGUUUGCCCAACUCGCAGAUGCCAGUGGUCGACCCUGUCUGGCCCUCAGGAUCGCCGUGGAUGGAUUCAGACGACUACAGCAACGCCCAUAGUGUUCACAAGCUUGCACUGCCAUCAGAGAGCAAAGGCAGCCUGUGUAGCAGCCUGGGGGAUGAGAUGAAGGGACCCUGGGUCUCCACCUCCCUCUCUUUCAUCGUUUACGAUCUUGAUAUCAUAGAAGAUAUACCUGAUGAGGUGCUGGAGGUCUUGAGCUGUGACGAUCGGCCUUGCGCCUUACAUCCUCAUGAACGAUAUCACUACUUGGGUCGCAAGGUCAUCGUCCAGAGACUGCCUCUUCCAGACGACAGUACAUCUUCAACCUUUAUUCCGUCUGUUGACCUGAAGGUAUCGCCAUUUACUAGUGUCCCCGUUCAAGAACCUGCGACAUUUGUACAACAUGAACACCAGGCUGCAAACUUGGACACCUUGACCUCCAAGAAAUUGAUGUCGGAUGAGUCGCCUUCCCACUUACUUUCCAUAGAUGAGAUUACGUUUAAUACCGACGAAGUACGCUAUUCAGAUCAAGAUCUUGAUGAGGCUGACAAUUUCCUUAGAUCAUCAGAACCUUUUAAUUCGACGAAAGAGUUUGAAAAUGAGUUGAGCACUCAAAAUGUUACUUUAGAAAAUGAGGAAACGUCAUUUUUUAACUUUCUCGAUCCUGAUGCCGUGAGUUCGCGAUUGCAGGAAGGCAGUAAGACGGCCAAAGAGUUUUUGACGAAGUUUGAGAACAUUGGGAGCAUGAUGACCGCUCUCACGGAAGUUAUCAACUUCUGCAAAGGUAUCAAAGAACAACAGAAAGCUGAAGAAAGUUUAGCUCAGAAAGAGGUACCAUCAGACGAUCUUAGAUCCCACGAAAACGACCAAAAAAUACACAAAAAGCCUUUAACAAGCAUACCUUUAAAAAGCCUUGACAGAAGCUUUUCGCUUGAAAAGGUGUCUGCGGUUAAAGAGGGACUAGAUGAAUUAAGCCCAGGAAUUAAGGCCUCUACAACUGUGGUACCUAAUAAGAAAUUGUAUUCCCUCCAGGAAAAAUCAGUCGGUGUUGAACCGACCAGCAACGUCUUUCUGGGUCGCACAAAACCAAAGUUAUGCAUCCCAGCUGCGAAAGCAGCUUCUGCAGACUUCAUCGGUGAUCAAAUGAAGCCAGCGAUCACUUCAUCUGCAAAAACGCCUCAGGUCAUAGACGACUCACCCCGGAGGUUAAGAUCAGAGUCCAAACCAUUCGACAGAGACGCCCUCUUUAAAGAUUUGAAAGAAAAAGUAGCUGCUAAGGGCUUAGGGAGGUCAGAAAACGAGAUUCAGGAAUCUGUAAGGAAUACUGGAACAGACCCUCCAGAAUGGGAGGAUUCCGAUCUUAGUUUGAAUGGAGAAAGGGGCCAGAAUUUACGUACAAACCAGUCUGAUUCGACAAGCACUUUUUGUGAUUUUAGAAGCUCACUUGAGAGAGCUAUGAAAUGGAAACUGCCCCCUCCACCAUCUUCUUCAAAACUUCACUCUGCGAGACAAAAAAGAGAUACAAGUGGACAGAGUCAGCUGCGUACGACAGAGACAGAUUUGAACGACGAUAAAGACCACAAUAUUGUAAUCGUCCCUUUUGGUUUCUCAGUAAAGCAAAAGACUCCAGAACCACCAAGCUCCAGAGGCGUAUCACCGCUUCAAAGUAGUAAAGAUUCAGAAGAAAAUCUACAUAGGUCACAAGAAUCCUUCCGUUCUGAUUCCUUAAGAUCACUUUACAAGGUCAGUUCGAGAGAGGCUUCACCGACGUGGGAAGUAUCAGAGCGAGGAAGGAAUUCAGUUUUCAGUCCAGUGGGGUGGUCUAAUAAGAGAUCCGAAGUCUCGAGUCUUUUUCGUGAGCAAAAUGGUGAAAAACUUCAUGAGAGCUCUAGCCAGACUCAGACGAUGACCUCAUCUCCCAAAAGCCACACGGACGCAGAAAGUCCCAGAGUAUCUGAUACAAGGAUGAACUCUAGCCCUUUUAGGUCUGUAGUAGAAAAUUCCAAGGUGGACGAGCAUAGAACUAUGUUUCAUGCCAUUUUUGACCAUAACCCAAGAAAAAGACGCGCAGCUAAACAAAAUGCUGAUAGUUUCACAAGUAACAAAGGAAAGUCAUUAAAAGCGUCUAUAGGAGAUCACCAUUUGACUUCACCACGAGAAAAGCACCCAUCUGAAGCUAUUGAAAUUCCAGUACUUUACAAAGGGACCACGUCUGGUGAUAGAAGCCCUAGAUCUCAUUCCGCAGGUGUUCGUAGAAACGAUCCAACGGAUAGCCUCCAUCAGCCGUAUGUAAUAAACACAGAAACGCCCGAUCGUUCUGAGAAAAAUUUCCGUUCCAAUUGGAAGCUUAGUUCUUCAAGAGAUCAGCCGAAGUCAAAGACACUCAUUACGGGAAAACCCCCAUUGCCCCGCGAUAUUCGAGCUUCGUCUCUUUACGGAAGUCGUCAUGCUCAUCAAAACUCUUUCUUAACGAAAGCCACAUCAAAUAAAUCAAGCCCAGUAUCCCCGAGACCAAUGUCAGAAGAGGAGUCAGAUCAUGAUGAGGUAGCAGGGAAAGACAUCAACGAAGAGCUGAAGCGACGUAUUCGCGGUAUGGUCAAGACGGGUAAGAUUAUACAAGGUCUGAUUCGCAAGAAAAAUACUGGAGAUUUGAAUGACACCUCAUCGCAACAAAAGGAGGAACCGAACACACCUCUGCCAAAGCCCAGAGCCAGUAUAACAGUUUAUUUAGAGGGUAAGAAGCGUAGUGGUUCAACGUCGGCUUCUGCGCAUCAGGACAAAGUGAGCUGUUCAUCUAACGUCGAUAACUCUUUUUCAGCGACAAAAACACGCAGCGAUAAGUCGCAGGACACCCCAAUAGUCUAUCCAGAUCUUUAUCCAGUGGCAAACCAGGAUAGGUCGGAUUCCUCACAAGCUUCAAGCGGCUAUGCCAGUGUAUUAGACAGAGAGGGUCCUGUUAUCGAUAUCCUGAUGCCGGUCUCAGCAGGGAGUCUCUGCUCCUCAGGUAUGGAGAAGUUUCUGAAACCUGAAGCUAUAGCAGUCUCCCCAGCAGAUGGUAGCGAUGCUGGUGACUCUCUGAGCCAGACGAACGUGGCGCGGCCAAAGCUUAGCAAGAUUCCAAUCUUCUCGAAUCAUCACGAAGACAAUCGUGUGCAACGCAAGGCGAAACGGAAAUCUUAUGACGCUAAAGAAGACAACAAAAACAGUGACAACAUUGAGAAGGAAAGUCCCUCUGUAGUACUUGGAACCCAUAUUUUCAAAUCUGGAAGCGAGCAAAGGCCUAUGAACAGUGAGUACACUAGCAGUGUAAAGACAGGUCUACUCGGACAAGCCCGCCGAAAUGCUAAUAGCGUGGUUAGUGAAAGUACCCGUUGGGUGGACAGCAAACCUCAGGAAAGUAAAGAUACCCGGAGAAAGCCGCCUGUCGUCGGGGACAAAAAGGCGUUAUUGACGUCACCGAGAAAAAUUCCUAAAGGAUCGCGGAUGAAGCGCGUUUCUCCUUUGAUCGCACAGAAGAUCGGGCUCCUAGAGAGAACUGUGACAGAGAACGAGACAAAAGCGAGUGAAGAACGGAGGGAGAUAGGAAAGCUGUACGAAUGCCUCGACACGGGCAACUCCACGACUAACGCCUGGGCUGGUGACGUCAGCAGCAUUUCAGACAAAGAGGUUACCAACCUGCGCAUAGUGGACAAGACUAGGCGCAAUAGACAAAGAAUCAGACUCGGUGCCAACAAACGUGUGAGCUGUCUACCAAGACUUAUCAAGGAUGUAAAUUCUCUGCCCAAAGAGGAGAAUUUUUCACAAAACCACAUAGCCUGUAUUUCCUCGAACUUGACCAUGCCCAGCCCACAAGACCAACUUUUGUGUGGGUCAUUUGACAGUGGAGAGUUAGUUGAUUCCUGUACUGACAAUCUCCAAGACUCUUUUGCAGAGUCUGCGGAAAAUAUGUUAACGAAGGGCCACCCGCAAUCGAAAUAUUUACCGGAAUGCGAGGAACGUUCCCAUCUGAUCGUCGAUAUUAUUAAUGGAACAGCCUCUCUCAAAGACAUAAUGUCUUCACCCAUCACCAAUGAUGAAACGGCCGAACUGAAGGCAAAAUCUCGGGUGUUGGCAAGUACACUGCAAAAACUUCAACAGCAGCUUAUUCAGCGUGUAAAAAAAAUAAUCAGCAAAGAAAGUGAGAAAAACGGAGACUGUGAAAGGACAUUUAGGCGAUGGAAGUCUGAUUCUGAUCUGGGUUUCAGCUUCCCUGUGUCGUCUUUAGUGCAAAUGAACAAGCACAGCAAGGGUUUGUUUAAAGAGAGAGAUUCUUCUAGAUGUGAGGAAACUAAAGGCUGCGAUUGGCCCACCAUGUCCACGUCCCUUCCCUUGGAGGAAAAUGCCUUCAGCGAUGUUGAUGAAAGUUUUCUCUCGCAAGACUGCUCUAUACCAGACAACGCAGACUCACCAGAAAUGGUCAGUAUCGUUGGCUUCCCGCAGGCGAACUCCACCGUAGACGAAGACGACGAGGAUACUGUGACGUCACACGGAAACAACUGUAUUUUAAAUGGUGAUUUUGAGGACGUUAGAACGUCAAUGACAACUCCUACGGAAGGAUGCCAUUUAAAUUUAAGUCGUAGACACACUGCCCACCUUACCAGCAGCUUUGACAUGAGUGAUAAAGAUGGACAACCUGAAGGAGCACAUCAAGAUGUAAGGUGUGGUCAGCGUUCCUCUUCAGUGUGUGGACCCUACUGUGAUGUUGACAAUCCUCUGGAUGAGUUCAUGUGGAAUGUUGACCUGCCCAUCGCAGGGUCCAGAGACGUGAUGGCUGUGCUGCCCAAGAUGGCCGUGGACUUAGUAAUGUGGAGCAAAGACCAGAGUGAUGACAACGAGCAGCUGACGACGACAGUACUGGAAGAAAGUUUUGACGACCUAAUACUUCACAAUGUUAUACAUGAGAGCCGCGACCUCCGAAUAUAUGGACACAGCUCUUUCCUGGAACUCGGAAUGGCUUGGCUACUCCAGAAGACCUUUAGCAAAAUCUCUGCGAAAGGAGACAAUUUUGGCAUCAUGAACAUUUCGACUUUUGAUACUCGUAUUAAGGCCAUUGGCAGAAAUGCUUCUUUUUAAUGAUGUGCUCAAAUUAAUAAAGAUAUUUCAUAUUGAUAAUA